AAGCAGUGCACAGUUGCCGGAGAUGCGUUGCAAUACCGCAGUAAGGUGCGUUGUCAUAGCCGCGGUCCAAGGCCCUACUUCAACUUCCACCUGGGAAGACGAUUAAAUGUCAUAUGAAUUUCCUCAACAUGUACGUGCUGGCACGAUUUGUCAUUUACUUCCAAGGGUUUGCUCUGUAAUCUGGCGGCAUCCAAUCUCUACCAGGCCGAAUAUUCUCAAGAUGGAGAACAGUGUGGUCAAGCUCAGCGUUCCUACUAGCGAGGAUGUGAUUAAGCUGUCCAUCUUGGAUCAACAGAUUAUGCGCUUCUACGCAAAGAUUGUGAACAUUUUCAAACUGGACACAGCAAACAACCUAGACGAUGUCGUACACCAUCUGAAGGAGGGCCUCGGGGUCGCCUUGAGUGAGAUUCCCGACUUCGCCGCAACCCUCGUGCCCGUCCCAGGUUCUCAGCGGAAAGAAAUAGAAUUGCACAUUGGGCCUGAGUCAGGUGUGCAGUUCAGGUGGACGCAUGGGCUCGUCAUACAAAAGAGUCCCUCACACAGGCUCUAUUCGGGAGCCGCCUCCCUCCACGCAAGGAACUCACUUGCUUGGCAGCUGGAGCAGGCUUAUCCAGGGGGGACGUCGCUCUUUACCACCCGGUUGGACUUCCGGGCACGUACCAAACCACCAUUCCCGGACACAUUCGUCGGCAACAUCAACAAGCCAACCGCGCGGGUACGCCUCCCCCUAGCGGAAGUGUGCGCAGCCUCCACGCCCGAGUCACUCGUUACUCUUGCGGAGGCCAUUCGGGUCGCCACGGAAGGUACCGGGGAGCAAGCCAUGCGUACGCUUAUUGGUCUAGUAAACAACGCGGCCGCCGUGACAGAUGUGGCAUGGAACUACAACUACUUCCCGGAGCCAGAUCUGGGAGUAACGGACAUCUCCGGCAUCGAAGCACUCAAGCAGAACUGGGGUACACCCUUGGGUACGCCGACGCAUAUCAAGUCUUACUCCAGGGAGACUGGCCUCCUAUAUCUCUUCCCACAGGACCAGGAUGGAGGGUUUGAAAUCCAGAUCCAGUGUGAGAACGAAGCUGUGGAAGCCCUGAAGAGGGACGACCGUUUUCAACAGUACUGUGAAUUUCGCCAAAUCUCGCAUCACAACGAGUCGGCAGGAAACGCUCCGCCAUAGAUAGAGAGCAUUGUGACAUAGAGAUUGGUGCUUCCAUAUAAUCAUUUGAUGUUAUCUCUAGAAUCUUUGAUUAUAGGUGUGCAUUGGUUUUGUAGUUUAUGAC